AUGGCGACCAAUAUCAACGGUGUCGCUGACGACCGUGUCGUUGACGACCGUAUCGCUGACUUGCUGACGACCUUGUCGCUAACGACCAAGUCGCUGACGACCGUGUCGCGUGUCGCUGACGACCGUGUUGCUAAGGAGAAUGACACUGAUUCUAGUUAUUCUAGUGAUUUCCUUCCCGACGAAAUGGUAGCAACCCCUGUUGAGGACCCUCGCGACGGAAUCAUCGAUCAUGAAGCACUGUUAUCAUGUGUCGUGUGCGAUGGCGACGCCAACCUCCGCUGUCCGCGGUGCGGCGCGAGGUACUGCGCCCAAGCGUGCUACAAGGUCGACUGGCCGACGCAUAAGCACCUGUGCGAGAGCGCGACCACAGAAUACAGCGAGGAAAAGGCGGAGACUGACCACAUCCGAGCCAUCAUCUUCAGAUGCGACAAACCGCACGCCGAGUUCAUUUGGCUUGACAAGGAUCAACCCGAGGUGACUAUUGCUGAGGUUCUAGGCUAUGGCACCAACCUGGACAGCAUGAACCGCGAGGUCCAACCACGGAACAUGAUAAACUACGGGCCACGUAAACGUCUUCGAGGGGUUGGCCGCGGAAUCCGCUGGUACCCAAGUCCGUUUCGAACCGGACGACAAGGGGGAAACCACAUCAACAAGUCCCUCAUGGCCUUGUCCAAGCCGGCGCAUAUGAUGGUCUAUCAUGGGGACCAACUGUUUGUCCCCUUUAGCACCAAAGAGUACCACCACGCGAGCCUCCGGGACUACCGAUUCAUCUGCGACUUUCUUCGCACUCGCUGGGCGAACCCCUGCUUCGACAAUGCCCUGACGAGCCACAUGCCCCUGCUCCCGACUGCCCAGAUCUGGUCCGCGGUCAAGCUCAACUGCGAGGGCGACAUGGCGCGUCUCUCGCCAUUCUGCGGCGAAGGUAACUCGCUGCCCAUGAUCGAAGACGUCAGCAUAUUCAACAUCGACCUUGGCAAUGAACAUAAGAGGGGGGCCUGUAUCCUGCCAAAGAUGGCCGGACUCUCUUGGGUCGCACAGCCCUGCACCACCAACCAAACCGUGGAACCAACGGCAGGGCUUGACAACUACGGCGGUCGCAUCUUUUGCACCACCGACACCCCGGAUGCCGACUGUCUCAUGGAGUCUGGUUGCGGCUCCGUCAUCGUCAGCCGCCCGGACGGCAGGCCGAUCAAGGCGACGCACGUUCUGUGCUUCUACGAUUUCGCCGAGGUCCAGCUUCGAAAGGCCGGUGGUGUCACAGGGUUCCAGCACGACACCGACACGGAAAGACACUACACGAGCGACGCCGAGCUGCGCAAAUUGGUGACGAAAGAGAUAUUCAAGGAGUAUUGGGGACAAUGGAUGUGCGACAGAAUGAAGGAUGGUCACAAAGUGGGCAUCGACGAGCUGAUGUCGCCUUACCAACCCGAAGAGGCGACAACUGAGGAAGCAGAGAAGCUGAAGGACGAUGAUAAGUCGGCUGCAAAGUUGAUGAUGACGCCGGGAAGAUUGUUGCAGCCGGUGACACCGGAAGAGCACGAAAAAAUCCUGGAAGAUGCGAUGAAGGUGCUCGGGUUCUAG